AUGGGGACGACAGAAAAGGACUUCCUGUGCCAGACGUGCAACGGCACCAUGUUCGACUGCGUGGGCCAUUUCGGACACAUUGAGCUCUGCAAGCCCAUGUUCCACGUCGGAUACAUCUCGAAGAUCAAGAAGCUGCUUGAAUGCGUUUGCUUCUACUGUUCGCGAAUCAGGGACAUCCGUGCAUUAAAGAACAAGACAAACAAACAAAAUACGGCAUUAGAUUAUGCAUGGAGCAUAUUGAAGACGAAGAUGCUCUGUGCUUCUGAGAACGAGAAGGGGGAGCGAAUUGGCUGCUGCAACAGGCAGCCUACGAUAAAGAAGGAGGGUCUCUCUCUGAUUGCGAUGAUGAAGGGAAACGAUGAAGAGGGGAAGAUUGUGCUAAAUGGUGAAAAAGUGUACAACAUUUUCAGGAAGAUUAAUGAGGGGGAGUUAGGUCAUCUUGGAUUCAGUAGGGAAUCGAGGCCAGAGAACAUGCUGGUGACUGUCCUGCUUGUAGCACCGCCCUGCAUGCGCCCAUCCAUUCUGACUGAUGGCCUCAGGGCUGAAGACGAUCUCACCCACAAGUACGCUGACAUAGUGAAAUCAAAUGGGUGCCUGAAGAAGUACGAACACGAGGGAGCCCCUGGCCACAUCAUCAGGGACUACGAGCAGCUGCUUCAGUUCCACCUGGCCACGCUGAUCAACAACGAGAUGUCUGGGCAGCCCAUGGCGACUCAGAAGAGCGGAAGACCGAUCAAGUCGAUUUCAGCGAGACUGAAGGGGAAAGAAGGACGAGUCCGUGGGAACCUGAUGGGAAAGAGAGUCGACUUCUCGGCCAGAACGGUGAUUACGCCAGACAGCUCCAUUGAUUUGGACCAGGUUGGCGUGCCAGUUGAGGUGGCCAUGAUCCACACGUUUCCUGAGAAGGUGAAUUCGACGAACAUCCAUCAGCUCCAGAAAAUGGUGAAUAACGGGCCCAACGCGUAUCCUGGGGCAAAUUACGUCGUCCGAAGCGAUGGGCAGCGAAUCGACCUGAAAUUCAACCGAUUUGAUCUGCGAGUCGAAAGGGGGUUCGUGGUGGAGCGACACAUGGUCGACAACGACGUGGUGCUCUUCAACAGGCAGCCGUCGCUCCACAAGAUGUCGAUGAUGGGCCACAGGGCCAAGGUGAUGGGAAACAAGACGUUCAGGCUGAAUCUGUCGGUGACGACGCCCUACAACGCCGACUUCGACGGCGACGAGAUGAACCUGCACAUGCCGCAGUCGUACAACUCUCGUUCCGAGCUGGAGAACCUCGCUGCCGUCCACCAGAACAUCAUCAGCCCGCAAUCGAACAAGCCCGUGAUUGGAAUCGUCCAGGACACCCUGGUUGGCGUCUGGCUCAUCACGCUCAAAAGCGUCUUCUUCAACAGGAGAGAGGCAUUCAGCCUGCUCUACGCAGUUGAGGUGGCACCAGAGAGGCUGACCCGCCUCAUUCGGAAUCCAUCAAUCCGCUCUGGUGGCCACUCCUUUUGGACUGGAAUUCAGCUCUUUUCUGCCAUUCUGCCUGAAACAGCCUCUUUUGAGGGAAGUGGGGUGAAAAUAGAAAAUGGGCUACUCAUCAAGGGCGUAUUGAACAAGAAGGUCUGUGGUGCAACAGCAGGUGGGCUGAUUCACGUGAUAUGCAAUGACCUGAGCAGCAGGGCGGCGGCCGUCUUCAUCAACAACGUCCAGCGGCUGAUCAAGCACUUCAUGUUCCACAUCAGCUCGUUCUCAAUCGGAGUCGGCGACACGAUCGUGGAUGGCGAGAUGCUCCACGAGUGCGAUGAGACGAUCAAACAGGCUGUUUCGAAGGUGGAUGCGCUGAUUGGAGACGCAAAGAACGGUCUGCUUGAGAAACUGCCUGGAAUGGACAUUGGUAGCACAUUUGAAUCAAAGGUGAAUUUGAUACUGAACAGGGCCAGAGACUACGAGGGUGAAAUAUCACUAACUAACAACAUGAAUGCGAUGAUUCAGAGUGGAUCAAAGGGGUCUAAGAUCAAUAUUGCGCAGAUGUCUGCGUGUGUGGGGCAGCAGAACGUGGAUGGAAAGCGAAUUCCAUUUGGAUUCGAAAAGAGGACUCUUCCUCACUACCAGAAAUUCGACUAUUCGGCUGAAAGCAGGGGAUUCAUCAGCAACUCGUAUUUGGUUGGGAUGACGCCACAGGAGUUCUUCUUCCACGCAAUGGGAGGAAGAGAGGGGCUGAUUGACACCGCAAUCAAAACGGCUGAGACGGGGUAUCUUCAGCGACGACUUGUGAAGGCGAUGGAGGAUGCGGUGGUUCGUGAGGAUGCGACUGUGAGAAAUGGCCUAGGGAAGAUCUACCAAUUCAAAUACGGUGAAGAUGGGUUUGAUGCAAAGUGCCUAGAGAAAAUUGACAUUGAGAAGCCAACUAGGAGGAGCCACUACGUGGACAUGUUUGUUGAUAGGGAAUACGGAAUAGAAAGAGGGGAGAUAUCAGGGGAGAUCUACGAGAUGCUCAGGAAUGACAUGGAUUUGCAGAGGAGACUGGACGAGGAGUACGAGUACCUGGAGAAGACGCAUUUGGAGAACAAGGAUGCGGCUGGACUCGUAUCGUAUGCAACACCAGCAAACAUAAGAAGAAUAAUUCAGAAGAACAGGACAAGGAACAAGGGGGCAGAUGAGUUGGAUUUGUCACCGUAUAUCGUGCUGGAAGAAGUGGAACGAAUCUGUGGUCUCACUCAGAACAAAAUGUGGACAUAUUAUGCAAAAAGUAUAUUAUGCAUAAAACAAUGCAUUUUAAGCUUAACUAAGCAUGAAUUCAUGCAAAUAAUCAAGGAAAUUGAAAUCAAAUUCAGAAAUGCAGCUGUUUCAGCGAAUGAGAUGGUUGGGACGCUUGCUGCACAGUCUGUUGGCGAGCCAGCGACUCAAAUGACGCUAAACACGUUCCACCUGGCUGGAGUUGCGUCGACCAUCACGAUGGGUGUUCCGAGACUGAACGAGAUCAUCAACACGGCGAAGACGAUCCGGACGCCUGCGAUGCACGUCCGCCUGAGAAGAAGCAGCCUGGAGGAGGCCAGGAAGAUGAGGAAUGCGAUCGAGUACGUGAAAAUCAAGGACAUCUACUCGUCAGCCCGCGUCGUCUACGACCCCGACGUCUUCAGGACGCUGGUGGCCGAAGACGCCCAGCUGGUCUCCGACUACUUCGAGAUGCCCGAUGACGUCAACUUCGAUCAGUGCUCGCAGUUUGUGAUGCGAUUUGAGUUCAACCGCUACGAACUCGUGAGCAGGGGAAUCAGCCUCGAUUACGUCAUUUCAUGCAUUGAGAGACACCUCAAGGCGGAUGGCCUUGGAAUUCAGACGGUGACAGACGACAAGGCGGUGGUGCGAAUCCGCCUGGUGCUGGAGACGGACGAGUCGACUCCCUUCGUCUCCGACGGCGCCCUCUCCGCCUACCAGCACUGCAUCGACGGCCUCCUCGACCUGAGCAUCCAGGGCCUCGCUGGCGUCAAAAAGGCCCAUUUGGUCGAGACCGACUCGUCGUGGUCUCUCCAAACGGACGGAAUCUCCUUCCGAAAGAUCCUUGGCCUUCCAAACGUGGAUGCGUCGUCUACGACCGUAAACGACUUCUACGUCGUCUACGAGACACUGGGAGUGGAGGCAGUGAGGGAGACCAUUCUGAACGAGCUGUGCCUGGUCAUCGAGGGAAACGGGUCGUACGUGAAUCAGAGGCACCUUGGUCUCCUCUCUGACGUGAUGACACUUUGCGGGUAUCCAGCUGGAAUCACCAGACACGGCGUAAACAGGGAGGUGAAGGCAGGCGCACUGAAACGAGCAUCGUUCGAGGAGACAGUCGACAUUCUGCUCGAGGCAGCAGCCUCUGCUGAGACGAAUCCGUCUCAUGGAAUCACCGAAAACAUCAUGAUGGGCCAAUUGGCGCCACUUGGAACUGGAAACGUGGAGCUGCUGCUCGACACCGAGAGACUCGACCAGAUGCUCUUUUCGGCAAUGAACGAGGCCAAGAGCAGGGCCACUGGGGGGCUGCUGCUGAAUUCGCCUGCUUUCAGCGAAAUAGCAGCAGUUGCCUCCAACAACCUGAGACUGGCGGAAGAGGCAGCACCAUUUUCACCAGAGCACGAGAAUGCCGAGUCAGUCACCUUCUCAGUCCCAGAAUACUUCUCUGGGAUGAGUCCGGCCUCCCUCUACGCCGUAUCACCAGCCAGCAACGCCUACAUGUCGCCUGGAUCCAAUUUCAGUGGAUCGGCCAUCUACUCCCCCAAUUCGUCCUACGUGAAUCCUGGAUCCACCUUCUACCAGUCGCCUGGAUCAAACUACUAUCAGCCGGCAUCAAACCAGAAUAGCGCCUACUUCACGCCUGGAUCAUCAAACUACUUUGGUGGAUCAGGGUCGUAUCAGCCAGGAAGUGGGCUGAAGUACAACGCGUAUUCAGCAGGAAGCAACCAGAACAUCUACUCGAUUGGAAGCAACAAUAGCAGGAGCAAGCAGAGUGAAUACAAGUUGGAGGAGGAGAACAAGUCAAAGGAUGGUGAAUAG